AUGCCUCUGGCCUUGGCCCUGAGGCUGCUGCUGCUGGGCCUGGGCGCCCCGGCGGGCUGGGGCUGCCUGCAGUGUGACCCCUCGGUGCAGGAGGCCCUGGAGCAGCUGCGCCUGGCCCUCAUCCCCAGCCACUUCGAGCUGGAGCAGCUGCAGCACCGCGCUCAGGCCCUGCUGCUGGGCAUGCAGGGGCCUUUCUUCCGGGACUACGCCCUGAACGCGUUUGUGGGGAAAGUGGGCACAGAGCCUCUGGAGCUUGUGGCGAGCUUUAUUAAGAACCAGACACAUCACUUAAUGGUUAGCUCUCUGAAAGAUGGGUCUCUGCUGGAACAGCUGGUCACUCUGAGGGGGAAAGUGAUCAAGGAACUCAAGAGAGCUUUAAGAGCCUAUGAAUUAAAAGCCUGCGAUCGCAAAAUCUGCCGCUUGCUCAAAGAAGAGGUCUUAGACUGUUCGCGUUGCCAGAAGAUCAGCCCCAAAUGUAUCCGGACGAAGUACUGCUUUGUGGACAGGCAGCCCCGCAUCCCGAAGAACCAGGUCCUGGUGGGCAGCAGCAUCUCCGUGUCCCUGGCUGUCUUCGUUUUCGUGGUCAUCGUAGUUGCGGCUUGUAUGUACAGACAAAACCGAAAACUCCUGCUGAGGUAGGGAGGGUGGUUGGGGACUUUUGAAAGGAAAAGAAGUUUAAUAAAA